GGCCUGUGCCCGGCCCGGCCCUGGUGCAUGGCGCCGGGGGGGCUGGAGACGCGCCCUGCUCCCUGCAGGUGACGGGCGCUCGCUGGCUGUGUCUGGCCGUUCAGACCUGGCCAGGGAGCAGCCGGGAGCCUAGUUUAGAACAACCUGGCACAGAUCUGUUUUGCUUUGGCCAGCAUGGUGCAUUCUUUGAUCAAAGCAUAUUCCUUACUGGACCACAUGAGGCUAGUCAAGCCCAAGGUGGCGUCCCUGGAGGAAAUGGCGAGCUUUCACACGGAUGCCUAUCUGCAACACCUGCAGAAGGUCAGCGAGGAGGGGGACGACGACCACCCGGAGUCCGUGGAGUACGGGCUGGGUUACGACUGCCCUGCUACUGAAGGGGUCUUUGACUAUGCAGCCGCUGUCGGAGGGGCCACCAUCACUGCAGCCCAGUGUCUGAUGGACGGCAAGUGCAAGGUAGCGAUUAACUGGCCUGGAGGGUGGCACCAUGCAAAGAAAGACGAAGCGUCUGGCUUUUGCUACCUAAACGACGCCGUGCUGGGCAUUCUGCAUCUGCGUCGGAAAUUUGAUCGCAUCCUCUACAUCGACUUGGACUUGCAUCAUGGGGAUGGGGUGGAAGAUGCCUUCAGUUUCACCUCCAAAGUCAUGACUGUGUCGCUGCAUAAGUUUUCCCCAGGAUUUUUCCCAGGAACAGGAGAUGUGACUGACGUUGGCCUGGGGAAGGGGCGAUAUUACAGUGUCAACGUACCUCUCCAGGAUGGCGUUCGGGAUGAGAAAUAUUACCAGAUCUGCGAGACUGUGCUGAAGGAGGUGUACACGGCGUUCAACCCGGAAGCAGUAGUCCUCCAGCUGGGCGCAGAUACGAUCGCUGGGGACCCCAUGUGCUCAUUCAACAUGACUCCGGUGGGGAUUGGCAAGUGUCUGAAGUACGUUCUCCAGUGGCAGCUGGCGACUCUCGUCCUGGGCGGGGGAGGCUACAACCUUGCCAACACAGCUCGCUGCUGGACAUACUUGACUGGGGUCAUCGUGGGGAGAACACUAUCCUCCGAGAUCCCUGAUCACGAGUUUUUCACAAAGUACGGUCCUGAUUACGUGCUGGAGAUCACGCCGAGCUGCCGGCCAGACCGCAACGAGCCACACAGAGUCCAAGAAAUCCUCAGCACCAUCAAAGGGAACCUGAAGCACGUCACUUAGCUGCCAAGGAGAGGUGGGUUCCUGAGGCCAAGGCAGCCCGCGGGGGACGUUGGAAGGAAUUCCUCCUCUUCUGGACCAUCCCAGGGAGCGCCGGGGGCGGGGGCACCCCAGUGGCUGUGAGCACAUGGCAGCCCCAUGCUCCUGCCGUCCAGCCCCUUGUUCCGACAGCUUCUCCCCAAACCUGCUUUCAUGGUCCCUGCGGGUCCUGUGAGGGGCCCCGGGCUGCGGGCGACACCGCUGUGACGUGCGCCUCGGGCGCGCUGAGCGAGAGGCUGCGUCCCUGCCGGGGGAGGGGUGGGUGGGACAAGUGUCUUUUUAGC